CCGGGCUUCACCGUUUCUAUAUUAACUAAACCAUUUCUCUCUGUUCAACCGCUCAAGUCCCAAAACCGCGCCCCUAGGCCAGGCAGAACGGAAUCUUCCUUCACCGGGGAUCUGCUUUCCCCUUGGGAGCCAAGCUGUAGCGGAUUCAGAUGGGGAAAAUUGCUGGGGACUUCACAGCAGGCCCUGAUGUACUCCUAGACAGUUCACAUAGGUGCCAACAAGCAGCAUCGCAGCUUGGAAGUCAGUGGCUACAACAGAACAGGGUGACUUUGUAGACCGUACCAUCUAGUAUACAUAUUUCUCGCAAGGUGCCCGCACACGGUUGGUGAGAUGCAAGAACAUGUUGCUUCAGUACGGACUCCUCUGAUUCUGCAUCCAUCAAUUUCCAGUGUUCUGUAGCACCCCGCUUCUGCAUCGAUUCUCCUUCAUAGGCGCUCAACCUUUGGGGUCUGUGUUCCCAUUCUAUCUACUUGUGACUGCUUAACAAAGAGAUCCCAUCGGGAUGGAACAAUUUGUAUGAAUAUGGUCCGCUCUCCUGCCGUACUCUAAUCAACAUACCUGCGGUAUUCAGGUUCAUGAGCACCAUGGAUUGACAACAUCCUAUUUGGUGGAUAACUCUCUCUCUCUCUGUUAAGUUCCUUAGUACUGCCGGUUCACCUCCUAGAAGCUCGGCUAGCUUCAUCCAAUGGCAACCAUAUUGUUUUCUUUUAUUGGGUCAUGCAUCCAAAAGAUUCAAGAUAUUGCUACUGAGGAGGCAGUACUGAUACUAGGAGUCAAACAAGAGCUUACAGAUCUGCAAAGAAGAAUGAAGCAAAUACAAUGUUUUAUUAGUGACGCUGAGCAGAGAAGCAUAAAAGAAUCAGCAGUUAACAAUUGGCUUGGUGAGUUGAGAGAUGCCAUGUAUGAUGCUGACAACAUAAUCGAUUUGGCAAGGUUUAAAGGAAACAAGCUAGUAGCAGAUCAUCCUUCUUCACCCUCGAGAAAAUCUACUGUAUGUUGUGGCUGUUCACCCUUGUUUUGCAUUGCUAAUAUCCAGACUCGUCGAGAGAUUGCUGUUCAUAUUAAGAGUCUCAACAAAAGAAUAGAGAGGAUUUCCAAGGAUGACAUUUUUUUAACACUUAAGAACACAGCACCAACUGGAGAAGUUUCUGUGCCAGAUUGGAGAAAAACAUCACCCCUCAUUGAGCCCAAUCUUGUGGGGAAGGAGAUAAUAUAUUCUAGCCGAAAAUUGGUGGACUUGGUGCUUACACAUAAGGAAAAUAAGGCAUACAAGCUCUCCAUUGCUGGAAUAGGAGGGAUUGGUAAGACAACACUAGCUCAAAAAAUAUAUAAUGAUCACAAAAUAAAAGGGAACUUCAACAAACACGCAUGGAUUUGUGUUUCUCAAACUUACAAUGAAGUUGCCAUACUAAAAGAGGUUCUCCGAAAUAUUGGAGUGCAUCAAGAGCAGGGUGAAACAGUAGCAGAGCUCAAAAGCAAACUGGCAAAAGAAAUUGAAGACAAGAGUUUCUUUCUUGUUCUAGAUGAUGUGUGGCAGUCCAGUGUAUGGACUAAUCUACUAAGAAGUGUGUUACACGCAGCAACUGCAGUGGUCAUUUUGAUUACAACACGAGAUGAUACAGUUGCAAUGGAAAUCGGUACAGAACAUACUCAUCGAGUUGAUCUCAUGUCAGUAGAGGUAGGGUGGGAGCUACUUUGGAGGAGCAUGAACAUUGGUGCAGAGAAAGAAGUGCAAAAUCUAAAAGGCAUAGGGAGUGAUAUUGUUCAUAAAUGUGGUUGCCUUCCUCUUGCAAUCAAAGUUAUAGCCAGUGUUUUGGCAGGCAAAGAUCAAACAGAGAAUGAGUGGAACAAGAUCUUUAGCAAAAUGAAUGGCCCAGAGAGGAAACUUCCUGAUGAUAUAGAAGGAGCUUUGUAUAUAAGCUAUAAUGAGUUACCACAUUAUCUGAAGCAAUGUUUCCUUUAUUGUGCCAUGUAUCCUGAAGAUUUUGUCAUUUACCUUCAUGAUAUUGUCAGGUUAUGGGUUGCUGAGGGGUUUGUAGAGGAACAACUAGGCCAACUACUAGAAGAAACAGCAGAAGAGUACUACUAUGAGCUAAUCCAUCGGAAUCUACUCCAGCCAAUUGCUUUAUCUUUUGACCAUAGCUUCUGCAAAAUGCAUGACCUCUUAAGGCAACUUGCUUGUUAUUUAUCAAAAGAAGAGUGUUUUAUUGGAGACCCUGAUUCAUUAGGAGGUUACAAUAUGUCCAGACUACGACGCAUUUCAAUUGUCGCCAAGAAGGAUAUGGUAUUGCUCCCUACCAUGGACAAGGAGCAUCUUAAAGUGAGAACUUUCAGAAGCACGUAUAAGGUCUCCCAAGGAAUUGACACUUCAGUUUUCAAGAAGUUUUUGCACCUUCGUGUUUUGGAUCUGACUAAUUCAUCCAUACAAACCAUUCCUGGUUGCAUUCAAAAUUUGAUCCAUCUACGAUUGCUUGAUCUCGAUGAUACACAAAUAUCGUGUCUCCCAGAGUCGAUGAGCUCGCUCCUAAACCUUCAGAUAUUGAACUUGCAAAGGUGUAAAGCUUUGCAUAGCCUUCCUUUGGCAAUCAUUCAAUUGUGCAAUUUAAGGCGCCUUGGUCUGGCUGGUACACCCAUAAAUCAGGUUCCAAAAGGUAUAGGGAGAUUGGAAUUCCUCAACGAUUUGGAAGGAUUUCCUCUUGGCGCUGGAGGUGAUAAUGGUAAAACACAAGAUGGAUGGAAGUUGGAAGAGUUGGAACAUCUCUCACAGCUAAGACGGCUUGACAUGAUUAAAUUGGAAAAGGCUACUCCUUACAGUACAGAUUCAUUGCUGACAGAGAAAAAACAUCUCAAAGUUUUGAGCCUGCUCUGCACCGAACGUACAGAUGAACAAUAUUCAGAGGAAGAUGUUAGCAACAUUGAGAAGAUCUUUGAGCAGCUAAUCCCUCCACAGAACCUGGAAGAUCUAUUUAUCACUAGAUUCUUUGGCUGGAGGUAUCCCACAUGGCUUGGUACCACCCACCUAGCUUCAGUUAUACACUUGGUACUCAUAGACUGCAAUUCAUGUGUGCAUCUUCCACCAAUCGGGCAGCUGCCCAACCUGAAAUAUCUGAAAAUUAAUGGAGCAGCAACAGUUACCAAGAUUGGACCCGAAUUCGUGGGCUGGAGGGGGGAUAAUUGCAGAUCCACGGAUGUGGUUGUUGCUUUCCCCAAGCUCGAAACAUUGCUCUUGUGGAAUAUGCCCAAUUGGGAGGAGUGGUCCUUUGUUGAAGAGGGAGAUGCAGAGGCAGCGGAAGGGGGAGAGGAUGGAUCUGCGGAGAUACAAAAGGGGGAAGCCCCGUCUCGGAGGAUGCAGCUACUGCAACGCUUGACGAGAUUGGAACUUCGUGGCUGCCCCAAGCUGGGAUCUCUCCCACGACAGCUUGGACAGGAGGCCACCAGCUUGAAAGAGCUCCAAUUAAGAGAAGCAAGCUCCUUGAAGGUGGUGGAGGACCUCCCGUUCCUCUCUGAGACGCUUCUAAACCAGGGAUGCGGCGACCUAGAGAGGGUCUCGAACCUUCCUCAGGUGGGGAAUCUCCGUGUAACUCGUUGUCCAAACUUACGGUGCGUUGAGGGGUUAGGCAGUUUGCAGCAGUUGUGGCUGGAUGUGGAUAUGCAGGACAUAUCUAAGCUGUGGGUGCCGGGGAUUCAAGAGCAGCACCGGAAACUUCACGGUGAAGACGUGGAUGUAUACAUGUGGCCUAGAAGUGAGAAAACACCAGGUACUACUUGAUUCCAACAGCUCGUGAAACUAUAAUUUGGUCACCGAUCCAUGGGUGCAUCUUUUCUGGGUGGAAAAUUUAAAAAAAAAAGGAAAAUGA